UCCUCUCUCUCCACAUUACCAACACCCCCAAAAAACACAAAAACACACACACAAAACACAAACCAACAUGACACACCACUCGUUCUGUUACGCCACCACCAAAAUCCAAAAACAAAAAAAACAUCAAAAUAACAGAAAAAACAACAUUAAUCUUUCCGACCAACGGUUUCCAAAAAUACUCAGCAGCUGGCAAAACAACCAAUGGCCGCUGCUUCUGUUCUCCUUUUGAUCUCUCUUUCCUUUCUUUUUCUGAUCUCCAGCGCGGCGCAACCACAAUCAGAAACACAAUCUCUCCUAAAACUAAAACAAUCCUUCACAAAUUCCGACAAAAUAUUAUCCUCAUGGAUCCCCAAUGUCUCUCCAUGUUCCGGCACAUGGGUUGGCGUUAUCUGCUUCAGCAACAUUAUCACAGGUCUCCAUCUCACCGACCUCAGCCUCUCCGGAACAAUAGAUGUCGAUGCCAUUGCCGAGAUUCGCGGCUUAAGAACACUCAACUUUAUCAAUAACUCUUUUUCUGGUCCUAUUCCCCAGUUCAACAAACUUGGCACCAUCAAAUCUCUUCUUCUCCAACAAAACCAAUUCACCGGUCCAAUUCCGCAAGAUUUCUUCACAAAAUUAAGUUCUUUGAAAAAAGUAUGGCUCUCUGGUAACAAAUUCUCCGGCAAUAUUCCGGUUUCUUUAACGGAACUUGAUCUCCUCAAAGAAUUGCACCUUGAAGGUAACCAAUUCUCCGGUCAGCUACCGGAUCUCAAACAAGAUUUCAAAUCAUUCGAUGUUUCGAAUAACCAACUAGAAGGUCCUAUCCCUGAAAGUCUUGCGAAAUUUAGUGCUGUUUCGUUUGCCGGAAAUGCAGGCCUGUGUGGAAAACCGUUGGAAAAGCAAUGUGACGGUUCAUCUUCUUCUUCUUCUUCUUCUACUACUUCUUCUUCAUAUUUGGAUAGUGUUACUUAUGCUCCAACCGAAAAUGGUGCGUCUGGUUUGGCGUCUAAAGUGAUGGUACUUAUGUUAUUGGCAGUUUUAGCGGCGGUUAUACUUUUAUUUUUGAAAUCAAGGCAGAGAAGACGGGACGAUGAUUUUAGCGUUGUAAGCCGAGACUCUAGCGUUGACGAGGUGCAGGUGCGUGUACCGAUAAGUAGAGCUUCUUCCGCGUCAGAGAGAGUUGGGAGACGGAACGUGGGGGAAUCUACAAAGAGAAGCGGAAUGGGGGCUGGAAAUAGAAAUGGUAUAGGUGAUUUAGUGAUGGUGAAUGAUGAGAAGGGUACCUUUGGUUUGCAGGAUUUGAUGAAAGCUGCUGCUGAGGUAUUGGGGAAUGGUGGAUUGGGUUCGGCUUAUAAAGCCGCUAUGUCGAGUGGGUUGAGUGUGGUUGUCAAGAGGAUGAGGGAGAUGAAUAAAAUUGGGAAAGAUGUGUUUGAUGCUGAAAUGAGACAAUUUGGGAGGAUUAGACAUCCUAAUAUUUUGACGCCUUUGGCUUAUCAUUAUAGGAGAGAGGAAAAGCUUUUCGUUACCGAGUAUAUGCCUAAAGGAAGCUUGUUAUAUGUCUUGCACGGUGACAGAGGAACUUCCCAUGCAGAUUUAACAUGGCCUAUCCGUUUAAAGAUUGCUAAAGGAAUUGCAAGAGGGUUAAGCUUCCUUUACUCUGAAUUUUCAACCUAUGAUUUACCUCAUGGAAACCUUAAAUCAAGCAAUGUUCUACUAACUAAUGAAUAUGAGCCACUUUUAGGUGAUUUUGCUUUUCAACCACUAAUCAAUCCUAGCACUGCAGUACAAUCAAUGUUUGCAUACAAAACACCAGAUUACAUUCAAAACCAGAAGCUUUCGCAGAAAGCCGAUGUUUAUUGCCUUGGAAUCAUCAUUCUCGAAAUUAUUACAGGGAAAUUCCCUUCUCAGUAUCAUAGUAAUGGUAAAGGUGGGACCGAUGUUGUUCAAUGGGUCCUCACAGCGAUUUCUGAGCGACGAGAAGCUGAAUUAAUUGAUCCUGAGUUGAAAGAUAAUGCAUCAAAUUCAAUCAAUAAUAUGCUUCAGCUUCUCUUAAUCGGUGCUGCUUGUACCGAAAGCAACCCGGAACAAAGAGUGCAUAUGAAGGAAGCUAUUAGAAGGAUAGAGGAGGUACAACUCUAA